CGCUUCUCGCCCCCAUAUCUUUCAGCCUCAGGCGAGGGGGAGUCUCGGCUGAUCUGCAGAUUAGGAACCGACAGAUAUGGCAGCAACUCUGGGCAGCGGGGAGCGCUGGACGGAAGCUUACAUUGAUGCAAUUAGAAGAAACAAAUACCCAGAAGAUAGACCUCCUGAAAGUCAUGACCCCUGUGGUUGCUGUAACUGCAUGAAGGCACAAAAGGAAAAGAAGCCUGAGAAUGAGCNGCAAAAUUACUAUGAGAUUCUGGGAGUUUCUCGAAAUGCCAGUGAUGAAGAGCUUAAGAAAGCUUACCGAAAACUCGCCCUGAAAUUUCACCCUGACAAGAACUGUGCUCCUGGAGCAACAGAUGCUUUCAAAGCCAUAGGAAAUGCCUUUGCAGUCCUGAGCAAUCCUGACAAGAGACUCCGCUAUGAUGAAUAUGGAGAUGAACAGGUGACUUUCACUGCCCCUCGAGCCAGACCUGAUAAUUAUUACAGAGACUUUGAAGCUGACAUCACUCCAGAAGAGCUCUUCAACGUCUUCUUUGGAGGACAUUUUCCUACAGGAAAUAUUCAUAUGUUUUCAAAUGUGACUGAUGAUACCCACUAUUACCGCCAGCGGCACCGACAUGAGAGGAUGCAGGCACAGAAGGAGGAGGAAGAAGAAAAACCUCAGACUACUUAUUCUGCAUUUAUUCAGUUACUUCCAGUUCUUGUGAUUGUGAUUAUAUCUGUCAUUACUCAGCUGCUAGCUGCUAACCCCCCGUAUAGUCUAUUCUACAAAUCGGCCCUGGGCUACACCGUUUCUAGAGAAACCCAGAACCUGCAGGUGCCUUACUUUGUGGAUAAAAACUUUGACAAGGCCUACAGGGGAGCAUCUCUGCGUGACCUGGAGAAGACGAUAGAGAAGGACUACAUUGAUUACAUACAGACGAGUUGUUGGAAGGAGAAACAACAAAAGUCGGAGUUAACAAAUUUGGCAGGAUUAUACAGAGAUGAACGACUGAAACAGAAAGCAGAGUCAUUGAAACUUGAAAACUGUGAAAAACUUUCCAAACUUAUUGGCCUACGCAGAGGUGGCUGAGAGGAUGAUAGUCCUACACAGUGUUGGGGUUUUGCUACUUAUUACUGCUUAUGUUCCUAAUUCCAUUUUAUAAUACAAAAUUAGGAAAUGAACAUUUUACAAUUUGCUAACUUUGUUUGGUGGGCAGAGUUGAAGGCGCUUGAGCAUGGAGCCAUGCUUGUCAUCACAGACUCCUUCCUGGGCAUGAGCUCCAGGGGCCAGGAACAGUUCAUCUAAGCUGAAUUAAUGGCAAAUGUUGGAUUCAACCCCUCCCUGCUCCAUCCUUGCCCUGCCUCUAGGAAUGUAGGGCAUCCCAGAGCACAUCCAUGUUUCCUUUCUUCCCUUCUUCACUGAAGUCUCAAUACCCAGUCAUUCCUAGGCAUAGCCAAAGCAGCUUGAUACUCAUUGUUUACAAUAUGCACCAAGAAUUAUACCUCUCCCUUCAUGAGAGUCGUCACCUCCCCCAGGACUCUGCCUUUGGAACAUGUUCCUACUCAUAUUUCCAUGUUCUAAGGGGAAUGUGGAGAAAUGUACAC